AUGGCCAAAUCUCUUUCUUUCUUGAUCGAGGCGCUUACCGGAGCCGACAAUUGGCGAUUCUGGAAGGUACGCCUCUUGUACAUCCUUGCUGAUGCAGAACUCUGGGACUACGUGAGCGGCGGCCACACGUGCCCAGCGCCCGCAAAGGCAGAUGCGAAAGAAGAAGAGAAGGCUGUGAGGGAGGAGAAAAUCAUAAAAUGGAAGGCAAAGGGUCGACCAGCACUUACUGCGAUUCGUUUGCGGGUAGCUGACAAAGUACUCAUCUCAGUCAAGGCAGCCCAGACGAGUCGCGAUGCGGGCACAACGCUCGAGACGAUGUACGAGGCACGGACGUGCUCGCGAUCGUCUAAGCGCACCGCACAAAGUCCCGCGCGCAGAGGACCAAGACGUCGAGGGAUUCACUCGACAAAGGACGGGCUACCGGGAUGA